AUGUAUUUUGGAAGUCUGCCCAUUUUGCUACUGCUGUGCCUUGGCAUUGUCGGGUUAGGUGAAAUUUGUUUAACCCGCUCCUCCAUUAACAUACUUGAAGAAGAACAUUUCUCAAAUUGUUGCCCUAUUGGAAAGCAAGAUGAAAGCGAUAAUGUAACCUGGUAUAGAGAAGAAGAAGAAAAACAGACAUUAAUUCGACAAGGAGGGAGAAUAGCUUUGAAUGGGAAUUCUUUGCAAUUUUGGCCUGCUGUACUGAGUGACACUGGGAAGUACAUUUGCAGUCUCAGUAACGGAGCACACAGCGUCAACCAUUCUUGGGACUUGAAUGUGCUCCCAAAAAAUAAAGGAAGUUGUUUCACUGCGGAGCAUGUGUCAUCUGGUUCACCUGCAAUAGCUGGAAGAGGUUAUCCGUUUUCAUGCAGUGCUAAGCAUUAUGGUGGAGCGAUUGUCAGUAAAACGUGGUAUAAGAACUGCCUCUUUAAAGCAGAGGAGGAAUUGUAUAUACAAAAGCUAUCACCUGAGGAUUCUGGGAACUACACUUGUGUGGUGUCCUAUCUUCAUGCAGGAAAGAUAUAUAAUGCUACAAAUACAGUCGAAGUACAAGUGAGAGCAGAAGAUGCUGAGUAUACAAAGCCAACAAUAAUAGGACCUGACUAUGAAGAAGUCGAAAUAGAAAUCGGUAAAGAGAAGAUCAUCAACUGCACAGCAUUCUUAGGUUACUCUAAAAAUUCACAAAUUUCAGUUUAUUGGCUACACAACAAUCAAUGGUUAAAUACGUGUCAGGAUACCACGGAUAGUGUGUCUCCAUGUGAAAUGGAAAAUCAUGAAUAUUAUGAAGGAGGCAAAUUCUUUGUCUUGAAACAAUUGUGGAUUAAAAUUUUUCAAGAGGAAGACAUCAAUGCUGAAUACAACUGCACUUUAUUAGCUGCGAAUGCCGAAACGAAAACAUUUAUAUUGAAGAAAGUUAAACCUUCAGAUCUCUCCCCACAUACUUUCACUACUGGAAUGAUCGUGGCAACACUGUGUUCCCUUGGUGCAUUUGUGGUGAUGAUUCUGUGUGUUGCAUUCAAAGUUGACCUUGUUUUACUGUACAGGGAUCUAGCAGCAAAAGACGAAACUCUGGAAGAUGGAAAAAUAUACGACGCUUUUGUGUCUUACCUGAAAGACUGUGUACCAAUAUGUGGUGAAGAGAGUUCGUUUGCUCUGGAUAUACUGCCAAAAAUAUUAGAAGAGCAUUUUGGAUAUAAAUUGUGUAUCUUUGAUAGGGAUAUUUCUCCUGGAGGAGCUAUUGUUGAUGACGUCCAGUCAUUUAUUGACAAAAGUCGAAGAUUAAUCAUUAUAUUGAGCAGGAAUUACAUCUCUGACAAAGUCAUGUUUGAGCUGGAAGCUGGAUUGCAUAAGGCCUUAGUUGAAAGGAAGAUCAAAGUAAUACUGAUAGAAUACAUGCCUAUAAGUGAUUUGACGUUCUUGCCUGAUUCGUUGGGGCUUCUUUCAUCCAGCCAGAGGAUAAAAUGGAAAGAAGAGAAGUCUCUCCCAUUAAAUUCCAGAUUUUGGAAGAAACUCCGUUAUGCGAUGCCUGCAAAAUCUUCCUCACUGAAUACACUAGCUUAUUUUCAUAGGAUACGUCCUAGGACAAAAUUUGUUCGAUUUGCACCUCACCCCAAGUGGGUUGUCUGA